AUCGAUGGACGUGUUUCUGUGUGAUCGAGUGACGUCAUUGUCUGAUAUUGAUUUUUCAUACCCCAUAUUCUGAUGUUCAUGUGUUCCUAGUAUCUAAGUAUGCCGAGGAAAGCUUUCGUUACGGGAAAUUUCGAUGACUUGAGAAAAUUCUUGAAUCGGGUCGGGUUUUGAAGACAAUUACAAUAAAGCACUGUUCUAUAAUAUUUUUUAUAGCAGCGUCCUAUUUAAACCUUCAAUGAUAACUGUGUGGUGGGGAUUUGAACGGUUAAUUAUGUUUAUGAAGGAAGUAUUCCCGUCUAACUAGCAAAUUACGAGAGGAGAACUUCAAUUGAGCGUGGCUCCAAACUCCGCCCACAUGUCCCGGGCACUUCAUCUGCCAAAUCCGUUUGUUAAUCUGGCCGACACCUCCAACAGCGUAUAGUCGCCUGGUACCCCCAGUGCUGUUUAUCCGAAUCUUUAUCCGAUUUUAUCCGGGUUACCCGGCUUUGUAGCAAUGGAUCAUCUCUAUUUCAUUCUAUCAGUGUUCUGUGUAGGAUAUAUCCAAUGUUACGGACAAAAUAAUUAUUAUUUCGAAAACCACAAGUACUGUGACGAUCUCUCACCAUAUUUCGGUGAAAUCGAUUUGGAUCAAAUAACCGGUAUCUGGUAUGGCGUUGAAAAAAUACCUCAUACUAAAGGGGAGUAUAAAAUAGAACAUACAAACGAAUGUUUCUAUAUUGACAUAAAGGAACUUUAUAUUCAGCCUACUCCUCCGACACCAUACCAGCAGAUGACAAAUUCUCCGUACCAAUUAGCAAGCAGACCAUACAAUUCUCCGGAACCGUAUAGAAUUAGACACUUUGUUUUAGAAUGGCACGAAGGACUAUGGAAAGACGAUUAUCAUAUUAAAGUGAACACUUCCCACAAAGGGUUUUGGCCUACGGACGUGCCCUAUGGAUCUGUGGACAAAAUGUAUCGCUUCUUCGGUGGUGUGAUCCAAGUUUUAAAAGUAUCUCAUAACCAUUUGGUACUCAACUUUUGCAUGAGGUUGCCUCAUUCGCAACUGUACAGCGUUGUGCUUGCGAGGAACGAGAAUCAAUUGACACCGGGAGAUCUUACCAGCAUCCAUAAUAUUUUUUCCAUAAAGAACCUGUCAACAUCCUCUCUGAAACGAGUCUGUGAAAGUUCAGCUGUUAGCGUCAAACUGUCUGGUUCAUUGAUUUUAUGUUUCUUACUAAUAUUUUCAAAAUUACAUUUGUGAUAACGAAGUAUUUACUAAGCAUAAUUUAUUAAAUAGAUUAUUUAUAUUUAAUAAAUGUUUUUUAAAACAACCAUAAUAUUAUUCUUAUAUUGUAAUAAAAUAUCUUUUUAUA